AGCUUGCAGGCAGGUAGCAUGGCUGCGCCCAUCCAGUGCUUGUAUUGUAACCUCAGGCUCAUAUUAUUAUUAGUCUUCAAAGUCCGAGGGUCUUUUUACUGUAACAGAACAGAGCCAAGUUAAUUAGUUUGUUCUGAUGGGUCACGGUGAAGCUGUUAAGCAGUUGUUUGUGAUACACAAGUUUUGUUGCGCUGCAAGUAAUUAGUGUGCUCACAGGCAAACAAUAUCGAAACGAGUACCGGUAUUAAUUAUUUGUAAAGAAGUAUUUGAAAGCGAGUGAUUGUAAAGCGAGUAUUUGUAAUGAACAAUUCAAUAAUCAAUUGCAUGCUAUGAUUAUGAAGAGUCAGUGAAACAUACGCCGCAUCAAUUGUCUACAUUGACAUUAUAAUCUAUAAAAAAGGCAGGUGCGAACGCGAUAAUAAUGGCCUCAUCAGCAUGUACAAGAACUAGCAUUAUAAAAGGCAUGGCACUGCUCAAUGCUGUCGUGAACAGCAAAAAUGUAUUAAUCACACAACAAUGUCGAGUCGGAGUUGGGUACCUGGCCUCGUGUAACAGAAGAGGAUGUCAUAAAACCAAUACCACUGCUAGUGCUCGUGAAAUGAAGCCAUCCAGCUCAGAUAUUUCCAAAACGCCGAUGCGGGAGGACGUUCCCUUUAAUGAUGGCACUUUGCAGCAGGCAUCACUAUCGGACAAGGGCGAGAACCUACCGUCUCUUAGGGAGAAAUCCAAUGGUGUAAAAUUGGAUGUUGGUGAAGUUGAUAUAGAUCUGGACGAACUAGUUGAUAGGCUGCCAAAGCAGGAACUGGAUCUUUCCGAAAUUCGACCUGUGCUGAAAACCUCAUUUACACUAGCGGCAUACGUGAAUGAGUCUACAUGCCUUCAACAUCUAGUGAAAAUGGGAGUUGACCUUCACAAGUGUGAAAAGACUAAGGGUGCAGCAGACCUUCUCGUAGCUUUGGACUUUGAGAAGGACGUGAAGGUGUACAUUCAGUUUUUGAGUGAUAUCGGACUGACCGGAAUGGAGACCGGUGCUUUUAUCUCACAAAACCCGUUAAUAUUAAAAGAAGAUCUAGAUGACUUACAGAUUCGCUUGAACUACUUCCAUUCAAAGAAGUUCACAACAGAAGCUAUCACACGUAUAGCCAUAGUGGCACCUCGAGUUCUUUCCAUGACCACAAGGCAGAUUGAUGGAAAGUUGGGUUAUAUACAAAAGGACUUUCACCUUAGUGGCAACGAGGUUAGAAGUGUAGUAACAACAGCUCCAAAGAUUCUUUUGUGGCCAGUAGAAAAGAUAAAGGUUCUAAGGUUCACAGUGCAAGAAGAAUGUGGGUUUUCAAAACUUGAGAUGAAACAGAUGCUUCUACUCAAUCCAAAAAUAUGGAUGACAGGAAACCACCAAUUUAAGUUGAAGUUUGACUAUCUACACAACACGAUGGGCAUUUCACACAGCAAACUUGUGCAGUGGCCAAACAUUCUACACAGCAGACAAUUCAUUGUUAAGCAACGUCAUCUAUUCUUGUCUUUUCUGGGCAGAAACCAAUAUGAUCACACGAAACCAAACUACGUGUCACUUAAAGCAUUGGUGUCAGGCACCGACGGAAAGUUUUGCAGUAAUAUAGCUAAAGUUUCAUUAGAAGAAUUUCAUGUUUUUUUAAAAACCUUGUGAACUAGUUGUGUCACUGCAUUGUUGCAGGUACCAUGUGCGAUUGGAAAAUGUUAAAAGUCGUGAAUAUUUGUAUCUGAGUCGCAUGAUUAUUACUAAUUAAUAGACUUGCUAAAUACACCGUGUUAUGUACAAGUGCCAAAGUAAGAGAACAAUGAAAAAAUGUAUUGCAUAAUAUCAGGAGUCUAUCCUGAUAAUAUUUUUUAAUCAUAACUGAUAAUUUUGAGUCCAAAAUAGUUGUGUCAGAGAUUGUUUUCUGUUUUAUAACCACGGGUUGUAAAUGCUUAUUCAGGGAUAUGACAAUGUUAGACUUGGAUUUUUUCGGGUGGCGAUUAUUACCUAAUGCAGUUUAAAUAUUGGCCAUACUCAAUUUAAAAAUGUUCAAGUAUGUUACUACACCCCAAGUGACCAAUAUUUAAUAUGAAAUAGUACCUAUCCAGUAAUAAUAAAGGGUUUUUAAACUUUAA